AUGAUAAAGACCAUCACCGACUCUUUAAGCUACGAAUUAGCAAAAAAUGAUGCUAACAAAUGUUUUCAAGACCCCUUGCACAUUCUUUACGAAAAACUAGAACUUGCACCAACAUUGACCGAUAUAGACCUUGCAAGUUCAAACCAAAUUUGCAUAGCCAGCAUGCUCAUUAUUGGGUUCUACAGAGAAAACUAUCUAAAUAAACUAGAUUUCUUAAAACAAAGUAUGAAACAAUUUUUGCAAAAGUUUAUCAAAUACCACCAAUAUGCUUGGAAAGCUCAUUAUAGAGGGAAAAAAUAUACUAAUAACAAUGAUGGUUUGCAAUUGACUCUAGAUGCAUUGUACUGUCUACUAGACCCUGAUGUAUCUCAAGCUUAUCGUUACUGGCGUUCGAAAAAUACAUUCUAUGCUUGGGUUAGAGGUGUGGAAAGCUUGAUUUUGCUUUUGGAGUAUAUGAUCAAAGCUGGUACCAAAUGA